AUGACGCCAGUUGGGACAUUGCCUCUCGUACUGGUACCCGUGCUGGCGACGAUUAUCGGCGUCGGGCACUUGUACUCUGAUUGGAACCUUUUCCCUAAGAUCCCUUGGUGGUAUACAUACAAGACUUCAUCACCCCGCAAGAAGCCUCUCAUCUGGUCCAGCUCGCUGUUGGGGCUACUAAGAGCUUUUUACGAUAGCGAACCCCGUUUCAAGCCCUCCGUCCUAUGGACUGACGAAGGCAAAGUCCACCGAGACUCGGCGUACCGAUCCUCCAUGACGGCCAAGCUGCCCAGGGACAAGAUCAUCCAGCAGAUUGAAGAGCGCGCACAGGCUUUCCCUUUCUACCAGCCCGUCGGCGAUUUCCAACCCUUGGUGGUGCAGAACUACGGCAUUGCAGGACAGUAUCGAGACCAUUACGACUGGUACGGCGACGCCAACGCGGUCGGUGGCAACGUCGCGUCGACCUUCUUCGUGUACAUCCACGCAAAUUGUACCGGGGGAGGUACAAACUUCCCUCGACUGAAGCCACCGCCCGAGGAGGAAGAGUGGUGGUGCCAGUUUGUCGACUGUGACCGUCCCAUCGACGACGGGGUCACCUUCAAGCCCAUUCAAGGCAAUGCCGUGUACUGGGAUAAUCUCAGCGGCGAUAGCAAGGGUAACCCGCAAACCCUGCACGCUGGAAUGCCCGUGACCUCGGGGAACAAGAUGGGCCUGAACAUGUGGACCUGGCAGUCAACCUGA